AUGAAACACACUUUGGCUGAACUGAUGAGGAUGAGCAGGAUAUGCCGGAUGGUAUUUGCCACUUGUUUGGGAUCCUUUAUUCUGGUCGUCUUUUAUUUCCAAAGUAUGUUCCAGCCAGUCAUGCGGAGGAACCCCUUCAUGGUGGACAGCUGCUGUAGGAAAGGGUCCCGCAACGCCUUGCAGGAGCUCUACAACCCAACACAGAUGGAGUUGUCAGGAGCAGCCGUCCACCACCAGGCCAGGAGGGAUCAGGUGGUGGAUGCCUGUCGUAUCUACAGUGCAUCCAGCCGUAAGCGGCGAGUCCUGACACCUGGAGACCUAAAACACCUUGUGGUGGAUGAGGACCAUGAGCUCAUCUAUUGCUAUGUCCCCAAGGUGGCCUGUACCAACUGGAAAAGGGUCAUGAUGGUGCUCACAGGUCAGGGCAAAUACAGUGACCCGAUGGAUAUCCCUUCAAACGAAGCUCAUAUUCCGUCCAACCUGAAGACACUGAACCAGUACAGCAUUACAGAGAUCAACCACCGCCUCAAGAACUACCUCAAGUUCCUCUUCGUCCGCGAACCCUUUGAGAGGCUGGUCUCCGCAUACCGUAACAAGUUCACCCUCAAGUACAACUCGUCCUUCCACAAGCGCUUCGGCACCCGUAUAGUCCGUCGCUACCGAAAGAAUGCCACACAGGAAGCCCUGCUCAACGGUGCUGAUGUCAAGUUCAAAGAAUUCACAGAGUACCUGGUGGACCCAGCCACGCAGCGUGAUGGCCCACUCAACGAACACUGGCAGACUGUCUACCAGCUUUGCCACCCAUGUCACAUCCACUACGACUUGGUGGGCAAGUACGAGACACUGGAGGAGGAUUCAAACUAUGUGUUAGGGUUGGUGGGUGUCAGCGACUCCCUCCACUUUCCAAGUUAUGCCAAGUCCACCCGCACCACAGAUGCCAUGACGGCCCAGUUCUUCAGCAAUAUCAGCACUCAAGAGCAGAUCCAACUCUACCAGCUUUACAAGUUGGACUUCCUCAUGUUCAAUUACUCCACACCCAGCUACCUCCGGCUGGACUAACAGAGGAUAGAGCUGGUACUCUGAGAAUUGUUGCCUUGUUUAAGGAGAGGCAACAACAUGAGGGAAGGGCAGAAUUUUUUGGGAGCAAAUUUGAGUUUAAAAAACUGUUGUUGUACCUUGCAGGUGUGUGGUCUGAAAUAAACAUAGAAGGAAAAGAAGGAAUUCCUGCUCGCCUGGGCAUAGGUUGGAUGAUGUCACUCUGGGUGAUACAGAAAACACUGACUGGAUUAGAAUGUGGUCCAAAUGGAGCAGACACAGGAAAAGACUAAAAUGAGAGGGUGAAGCAGGUCUUCAAGAUGUUUAAAAGGGGGGAACUUAUCCUCAGAGGACAGACUUGAAGAGGGACUCCCCUGAGGAAGUUCCCUACACAUUUAUAUAAACUGCUGACAAAUUAAGCUGCUUUCAAUUGUGCAAAGUAAACAGCAGCCUUGCACGUGCCCUGAGCCCAAUGCAUCAUGGGAGCUAAGCUUAUCUCCCCCUCCUCUGAUCAAUAGAGCAGCUCCGCCAAAUUGUAAAAGACAAUUCAUGUCCUUUGCUGCGCUGCCAGCAUGGUGUGUUAGCACCCAUCACCCUUGCCCUCAUUAAAUUCAUACAUUUCAGAGGAAAACUGGCUCAUCACCACCUCAAGGACGCCUUGUGAUGGAUGACUACUGACUAAAUUAUCAUGACCUCUACAUCUGUAACUAUGGUGGCAUGGCUUUCCGCCAUCAGUUUCGACCAAUCAAGUUCUGUCACUGGUCUCUAUCAUUAUGAUGUUGGCAAAAGGGACCCCUUGUGUUACACACAGAUGACGUCUACUGCAACAGUGAAGUAUGGCCUCGUUUAAUAAAACAUUGCCUGAAACAACCCAUAACACUUUGAGCUACAGAAUGUGUUUGGAAAGGGACAGGAUGCGCUCACAGGAUUGGAUGGUCAAAGAAACUCUGCGUGGUUGUAAAAGGGUUAAAGGUGCUGAAUCUUCUAACCCCGCCCUCCCGCAUCCCAUCCAGGGUCAACAUAUCCAGAGCCACAUCCACAAACCUGCGGUUCCAAUGUCUUUCUUUAAAUUAAGAUGAUAAUUUU